AUGCCUCACAAUGGUUCGGGGAACGGGUCGACCCCAAUUCUACAACGCGUUGGACUCGCUGGUGCUGCAGCUCGCUUUGCGCAACGCACCUAUGCCGCCGACUAUAUCGCAUUGGGGUUUCUAGUUGCAGGAUGGGUACUAAUUCAAUUAUUCGUGAACCCGUUCCAUCGCAUGUUUUCGCUGGAUAACAGGGCCAUUCAGUACCCGUUCGCCGUCCACGAACGAGUUCCUGUUUUGUGGUCGGUCAUCUUCGCUGGUCUGAUUCCUUUCCUGGUUAUUCUCGCCUGGUCCGCCAUGUUUCGCGCUGGUGUGCAAAAGACGCAAGUGACAGUACUUGGGCUAUUCGUGGCUUUGAUGUUGACCUCAUUCUUGACGGACAUAAUAAAAAAUGCGGCGGGAAGACCACGUCCGGACUUGUUAUCUCGCUGCAAACCCUCCCGAGGUACAUCGAACAAUGCGCUGGUCGCAUGGACUGUCUGCACAGAAUCCAACCAGCACAUUCUACAAGAGGGGUGGAGGAGCUUCCCUAGUGGCCAUAGCAGCUUCUCUUUUGGUGGUCUGGGCUAUUUAUAUCUCUUCUUGUGUGGUCAAAUGCAUGUCUUUCGUCCUCGAACAGACCUUGGACGCUGUUUACUUGCGUUUUUCCCAUUACUGUGUGCUUUGCUGGUCGCACUCUCCCGUCUGGCCGAUUAUCGACAUGAUGUAUAUGAUGUGACCUGUGGGGGACUCUUGGGCAUGCUGAUAGCCUGGUUCUCGUACCGUCGCUACUAUCCACCGCUGCGGUCGGUCAUGUGCGACGCUCCCUAUGAUAAAGCUGAUAUUGCUGGACCGGAUGGCUUUGCUAGAUUGGGUGAUGAGGAGGCUCUUACGCAGCCCUUCAUUUCACGCGCUGAUCCCUCGGAGGAAAACUAUCAGCUCCAGGACAUAGAGCCAUCCCGAGGAACCUAG